AUGCCGAGCUGGGUCCCGACAGCGGCGGCGGCGGCGGAGGACCUGGUGUGCACGCCGCAGCAGUUCCGCGCCGCGGGCAGCUACUUCGGGCUGGAGGACCACGGGGGCCGGCUCUUCGCCGCGCCGCCCAGCCCCGAGACGGGCGAGGCCAAGCGCAGCGCCUUCGUGGAGGUGAAGAAGGCGGCGCGCGCGGCGGGGGGCGGCCAGGGCGCGGCGCCCCCCGACGAGCGCAAGAGCGCCUUCUCGCAGCCCGCGCGCUCCUUCGCGCAGCUGUCGCCGCUCCUGCUGUGCCAGAAGCUGGGCGCGGUGGAGCCGCCGUGCCACCCGGGCGGCGACGGCGUGGGCCCCACCAGACUGUACCCCGCCGCGGCCGCCGACCCUGCGCUGGCCGCCGUGAAGCUGCAGGGCGCCGCGGACCUGAACGGGGGCUGCGGGGCGCUGGCGGGCGGCGGCGGCGGCGGCGGGGGCGGCCUGCCCAAGCAGAGCCCGUUCCUCUACGCCACCGCCUUCUGGCCCAAGAGCUCCGCCGCGGCGGCUGCGGCUGCGGCGGCGGCGGCGGCCACCACCGGCCCCCUGCAGCUGCCGUCCGCGCUGACGCUGCUGCCGCCGUCCUUCACGUCGCUGUGCCUGCCCGCGCAGAACUGGUGCGCCAAGUGCAACGCCUCGUUCCGCAUGACGUCCGACCUGGUGUACCACAUGCGCUCGCACCACAAGAAGGAGUACGCCAUGGAGCCCCUGGUGAAGCGGCGGCGGGAGGAGAAGCUCAAGUGCCCCAUCUGCAACGAGUCGUUCCGCGAGCGGCACCACCUGUCCAGGCACAUGACCUCGCACAACUGACCCGCGCGC